CCUCCAAAAAAUAAAGCAAAGACGUGUGUCUUUUCUUGUGUUUAUGCUUAUGCUUGUGUUUGUGGCUGUAUUUGUACUUGUAAGCUUGUAUGCUUGUAUGCUUGUAUGCUUGUAUGCUUGUAUGCUUGUGUGCCUGUGUGCCUGUGUGCCUGUGUACCUGUGUGCAGCUGCCUAAAAGUGUACAUCCCCAUUAUGGAAGAUAUUGUUUUCUUAAAGUAG